GAGUGCUUAUAGGGCGAGUGGCGUGUCAGGGAGUCGGGAGCGGACGUGCUUGUGUUUCCACAUCCGCUUUUGUCCCGUGGCUCCGUGGGGUUUGAUGAAUCCCGUGUUAUUCGCUGCUCUCUUUGUAUUUGCCUGCGCUGUCUGGGGCGACAACAAAGGACGGACGGCUACUGUUAAUUCCAGUAGUUUUCGGGUUAGGCAAGACUCUUCGUGAUCAUCUGCAGCCGGGGGUUUUUCGUGCCGUGCAUCCAGUGCUCGGAUCACCAUUCCGCCGUCGUUUGUUUUGAGUUCAGAUUGGUCUGGGUGGUUAAUCGAUUUUCAGCUGAAUUCCCAUCUAACAACACUAGCCAGUAUCCACAAGAUUCAUCACACCUUGCACAGGCUGAAUCUGACUGAAGACGUUGGACAGGACAGCCCCCCAUCAGCCAUGCCGCCGAGAAAAAAGAGGAGACCUUCUGCUGGAGACGACAUGUCAGCCAAGAAAAGUCGCCAAGACAGCAUUUUCAGAAAACACGACACGUCACAGAUCCGGGAGGAGGAGACGUUUUCCAGUAAAAGAUGUUUGGAGUGGUUCUAUGAGUACGCAGGCUGCGACGACGUCGUGGGCCCAGAGGGCAUAGAGAAGUUCUGCGAGGACAUCGGAGUGGAGCCAGAGAAUGUGGUGAUGCUGGUUCUCGCCUGGAAGCUGGAUGCUCAGAGUAUGGGGUAUUUCACGCUUCAGGAGUGGCUAAGAGGCAUGGGCUCGCUGCAGUGCGAUUCCACUGAGAGACUGAGGAAUUCGCUCGACUACCUGAGAUCUGUCCUGAACGACAGCACCAGUUUUAAGCUCAUCUACAGAUACGCCUUUGAUUUUGCUCGGGAAAAGGAUCAGAGGAGUUUGGACUUGAACACAGCAAAGUGUAUGCUGGGGCUUCUUUUGGGGAAAACAUGGCCUCUUUUUCCUGUCUUUAAUCAGUUUUUAGAGCAAUCCAAGUACAAGGUCAUCAACAAAGACCAGUGGUGCAAUGUUUUAGAGUUCAGCAGGACAAUCAACCUGGACCUUAGUAACUACGACGAAGACGGCGCCUGGCCCGUUUUGCUGGAUGAGUUCGUGGAAUGGUACAAGGAAAGGCAGAUGUCAUAGCCGCGGAUGGCAAAACGGAAAG